GGUCAUGACAUAUUUAUUUUUUUAGACAUUUUUUUAGUAUUGUUGUGUUUCUGUGAUAAAUUUGGCGUGAUAUCUGAUAUGUACCUGUGUCGCGAACAAGAGCGAAGUGCACGUCCACAUGAGACAAUAUUAAAGCUCGACUAUGCAGCACUUGGGUAGCUUCUUCAGGCAAACAAUCAAACGAAAUUUCAAACGCAUCUACCUCCCUUCACGAGCAGCUGAUCAUACACAUACACAGCUACUUGCUUUUAGACUUGGAUAUAAAACCACGUCAACAUCACACAAGGCUCAACACCAACACAACCUAUAUAAGCAUACGACAGUAACCAUGAGUUUUCCCAUCAGCAAGACCGAUGCGGAAUGGAAGAGCUCGCUCUCUGCACAGGAAUAUGAUGUCAUAAGGAACAAAGGCACAGAGGCGCCGGGAACAGGGGAAUAUAAUAAGCUCUAUCCUAAGGCUGACGAGGGCCACUUCGCUUGCAGAGCUUGCAAGAAUCCCAUCUACUCAGCUACGGCGAAGUUUGACAGUGGGUGUGGAUGGCCUGCUUUCGACAAGUGCUACGAGGGUUCAAUCACAACAGAGAUCGACCAAACGAUGGGUUUGAAACGUAUAGAGAUUAUGUGCAGUCAAUGCGGGGGUCACCUGGGGCAUGUCUUCGAAGGCGAGAAGUUCACAGAUACCAACGAACGUCACUGUGUCAACUCCGUAUCAAUCAAGUUUGUAAAGGGAAAGCCGGCCGAAGAGAAAGCGGAGGUGAAAGUGGCAUAAUUUAAAUAACAUAUGCCACAGAACAAAUACGAAUAGAUGAAUUAUCGGAAAUUUUAUGUGCCGAGUAUUAAACGUGUGAUUAAAACGAACGAAUGAAUCCAC